UUGUUCCUGUUGAUGCUGGGGUCUGCUUGUUUACUCUGCAGAAUACAUCGUUGUAGUCGCAUACAUGCAGUAUUUUGGCUAAAGUAAUGCAGCCUUGAUGUGCCGUUCGGUGUCGAUUAAUUAUGCCAUCUUGCCGCAUGCUACCGAGAUAAAUGCUUGGUUUCAAACGAGCUGGCCAUGGAGAAACUAUGAGGCCUAAGCAGGAAAACAGAGGGGAAGUGUCAAAUAGGACGAGAUGAACUGAGCAAAUAACAGGUAUGUCAUCCCAGCCUCAGGCAUUUUCCUCUCCGUCAGUGUCAUCUAGUGGCUACAGCCGCUCCAAGCGGAUGAAGGUGGAGACCUGUGGAUGGGAUGUGAGCAGCCAAUCAGCAGAGAACAGCUUCUAUCUACAGAGCCCAAGCCAAGCGAACACAUCCUCGUCAAGCCCAACAGCCUCCGGCUUCAACUCCAGCAACUACAACCGCCAGCCUCUCACCGCUUCCAACCUGGUGUUCCCACUAACGGGGGCGGGGAGUGGCACCUCCCGGGAGCAGGCGGUGGUCCGUGCAGCAGACAGCACAGGCAGUCUCCCCGGGGGUCCCUCCUCAUCCUCAUCCUCAUCUUCCUCGUCGUCCACGAGCCAUCGCACCAAAGAUGUGGCCUCCUCCACCACCCGGCAGGGCGAGGCUGGCCAUCAAAAGCCGCACAGCCGCAAGCGCAAGAGCGAAGAGGUGGACAGCAGCGACAGCGUGCAGAUCCUGGAGGAGCUCUCGGCUCCGGUGCUCUCCAACCGUGUGGCUGGCCGGGCAGGCGCGGCGGGCGGAGGCACCACCACAGCCCAGUCCAUCGCCCACUCCACCUCCACCACCAAGAGCAGCAACUCCCACAGCGAGGGGGACUACCAGCUCGUGCAACACGAAAUCCUCUGCUCUGUGUCCAACAGCUACGAGGUGCUGGAGUUUCUCGGCCGAGGCACGUUUGGGCAGGUGGCAAAGUGCUGGAAACGUGGCACCAAUGAGAUUGUGGCCAUCAAAAUCCUAAAGAACCACCCUUCUUACGCCCGGCAAGGACAAAUUGAGGUGAGCAUUCUGAGCAGACUCAGCACCGAGAACGCCGACGAGUUCAACUUUGUGCGCUCGUACGAGUGCUUCCAGCACAAGAACCACACCUGCCUGGUGUUCGAGAUGCUGGAGCAGAACCUCUACGACUUCCUCAAGCACAGCAAGUUCAGUCCCCUGAUGCUGAAGUGCAUCCGGCCCGUGCUGCAGCAGGUGGCCACGGCCCUGCUGAAGCUCAAGAGCCUGGGCCUCAUCCACGCCGACCUCAAGCCCGAGAACAUCAUGCUGGUGGACCCCAUCCGCCAGCCGUACCGCGUCAAGGUCAUCGACUUUGGCUCGGCCAGUCACGUGUCCAAGGCCGUGUGCUCUACUUACCUGCAGUCGCGGUACUACCGUGCUCCAGAGAUUAUCCUCGGGCUUCCCUUCUGUGAGGCCAUCGACAUGUGGUCACUCGGAUGUGUGAUUGCUGAACUCUUUCUGGGUUGGCCUCUCUAUCCCGGAGCUUCGGAAUAUGACCAGAUUCGCUACAUCUCCCAGACCCAGGGCCUUCCAGCUGAGUACCUGCUGAGCGCGGGCACAAAGACCAGUCGCUUUUUCAACAGAGGACCAGACUCCAGUUAUCCUCUCUGGAGGCUCAAGACGCCAUCUGAACAUGAGGCUGAGAUGGGAAUCAAAUCCAAGGAAGCUCGUAAAUACAUCUUCAACUGCCUGGAUGACAUGAUGCAGGUCAACAUGACUAGUCUGGAGGGGACGGACAUCUUGGCAGAGAAGGCAGACCGGCGGGAGUUCAUUGACCUGCUGAAAAAGAUGCUCACGCUGGAUGCUGACAAGAGGAUCACGCCCAUGAAGACGCUGAACCACCCCUUUGUGACCAUGACCCACCUGCUCCACUUCCCUCACAGCUCACACGUAAAGUCCUGUUUCCAAAACAUGGAGAUCUGCAAGAGGCGGUGCAGUGCCUUUGACAACGGGAAGAAUCUGUUCGCCUCCAACAACACACCCAGCGCUGCCACAAACCUCACAGUUACCUUCAGCAGCCAGCUCAAUCAGCACAACCAGAUGGCCUCCACAGGCGGACAGUCUCUGUCUCUGAGCAGUAACAUGCCUCUGCUGAACUACCAGCCAGGCUUGUACCAGCAGGCCACCAUCAACAUCCCAGGCCUGGCUCAACAGAGCGUGCCCCUGCAGGGGCGCCCCACACAGCUGUGCCCCCAGAAUGAGCCCUUCCAGCAGACCCUCAUUGUCUGCCCCCCGACCAUCCAGGGGCUUCAGACGUCUAAUAAGCACACUGGCUACCCAGUGAGGAUGGACAGCUCUGUUCCCUUGGUGCCCCAGAACCAGUCCUCUCAGCCGCUGCACAUUCAGCCGGGCAUGCUCACACCGGGCUUCUGUAACCCACUGAUGGUAGCCACACUGCAGCCGCCCGUGGCAGGAAUGGGCCCCCUCUAUCCGGCGGUCCCUCUUGCGCUGGAACACGAGGCCGGCUGGCCCGGCAGCCUGGAGCAGAGGGCCACUAUGCUGCAGACCUGGCCAGCAAGCACACAGCAGAUUCUCAUCCCCUCGGCUUGGCAGCAGAUGCCAGGCAUGGCUGUCCAUAGCUCUGGUCAGCAAGUGGUUGGCGAUUCCUCCAUGGGCCCAAUGUUCUCAGAUGGAGGACAACAGAAUGGCAGCUGGAGGAAUCGUCACGGUGGUCACUUUGAUAGCAGCCAGCAGGAAGCUGGAGGGCGUCACAUGACCCAGGCCGGCGGCCCAAACCUAAACAUGGGCACCUCUCACGGCAGAGUCCAGCAGAGCGGAGGCAAGAGGAGCAAGGCCAGACACACAGAGAGCCGAGCCAGGCCAGUCUCCUCUCUACAGCCUGCUGCUACUGUGGUUCACAACCCUGGAUUCAAUGGGGACCAGUCUCAGCCAAUCAUCAUCUCUGAUACUCCGAGCCCAGCUGUCAGCAUCAUCACCAUCCACAGCGACACCGAGGAUGAGGAUGACAGGAAGUUCCCACCGGCAAGUGUGGACCAGAGGGCCAACGUCAUCAGCUGUGUAACAGUGCAUGACUCCCAAGACUCUGACUCGUCCACCAGCAGUCCUCUGAGUCCCAAGCGGCUGCCCAGCUUUGUGGAGAGCUCCUCCCACCUCUCCAAGUCCACCGCCGUCGUCAUGCCCUCUGUGAAGACCCAGCCUGGGGAGAGCACGAGACAGGAUCCAGCUACUGACGCCUCAGGCAGGGCUAAGAAAGGUACAGCAGCACAGUCCAACAGAUCUGGAGCCUCCAGCAGUGAGCGUCACCAAAGAAGAGCACCCAGCCGAACCCAACCCCUCAACCUGAGUCAGGUCCAGCAGGCAGCCCUGUCGUCUCAGGAGUGCUCUGAGAAUGGCAGCAGCAGCAGCGCACUCCGCCGGCAGCCCUCCUUCCCGCCCACCACCACCAGUGCCGCCAUCACCUCGUCCUCCUCGGCCUACCGGCUCCACGAGGCGUCGCUCUUCAGCUCGGCGUCCAACCUCUACGCCUACCCGGCGUCCACCGCGCUCGCCUCCGUCUCGCAGGCCGUGGACCAGCUCCACGCCGCGGCCUCGUCCUCCUCCGCCGGCCGCCACGCCCGGGCCUCCGCCGCGGCCGCCGGGCCGUUCUCGGCCUCCCUCAGCCUCCUGCAGAAGAACAACAGCCUGGGCCUCAUGGCUCAAGGGGCGGCGCAGUACCAGCAGCACCAGCAGCAGCAGCAGCAGGCUCAGGCCUACAGCCGCUCCAGCACGGCCCAUGGGCCCUACCACCUGAACCAGAGGAAGCUCAAUCACCAUCAGUACCCCUACCUGUGAUGAGACGGAACAGCAGAGGGGCCAGGCUGGAGAGAGGUGGCAAACGUCAGGUGUCAGAUGUUUCAUAUCACCAACACAUGGUCUGGUUCCUUCUGACAUACACUGUAGGGACACUGGGACAUUUUAGCCAGAAUUUCCUUCUAAAUAUGACUUUAUGAGCAUCAUUCUAUUGGUUUUCUUGUUUGAUUUUUUCCACUCUGCAACUGCUUUUUAAUCAUUUUUAUUUGAUUUAGCCGAAGUGUGCUGUUAGCUUCUGUGUGCUGCUCAUGUAUCAACUGACAAAGCCAAUGUGUCCUUCAGAUUUCAAACGAGUGCUUCCGUGGUGAACUUUGUGGCCCAUCAUUCCCAUUAACCUUGAACAGCACAGCAGGCUUGAGAGCGGAGCAGGAGAGAGUGGUCAGGCAGAGCCAGAGCAAUGGGGGGAGUGAUGUGGAGAUCAUGUCCGUUUCUCUCACAAAACAAAGAUGUCUCUGUGAUUACUUGAGAGUAACUUUAUUUCAUUUAUUAUUAAUUUUUUUUAACCGUAUCUGGCUAAUACUGUAAAAGUUGUAUGUUUCCUGCACUAAGCAUAUUUCCUGAUGAUUUUUAUGUCUUUAUUUCUUCAAUGUUUGUUUUGAUUUGUACAUCAUAUUGCAGCUUUCAUGUUUUAAUCGUGUGUACCGGUAUAUGAUGUGCACUUGGCAAUUGAUUUCACUCUAGAGUUUGAUUUUCAAAUAUUUCAAUGUGAAUAUCAUGUAUUUUGGUAAUUGGUAUGUUACUUUAGAGUAUUUAUGAUGAUGAUUUUAUCGUGCAUCAUUUGAUGCACAUGUUGGUGGCAUGACAGAAAUUUCACACAAGACUUUUACAGAUGGCUAAAAUGUCAGUGGAACUUCAUCGGGAAAACUGAUUAUGGAAGGACUGUGUUGUGUGGAGUGGUGCUGUAUGUGAACUUGUUCCAUGUGUGUUGUAGACUUCAGGUUGGAUAGCUCACACUAAAAUUAAUCAUAGAGGACAGAGUCAUGUGCUACCAACUAAGUGUUUCCUUCAGUUAUACUGACAUUGUAUGGCCGUCAAUGAGUGUAAGAUUGUAUCACCUUUCACUUUCCAAGAGCAAUGUGGAGAUUUGUGAAUCAGUUGCUUUUAGCGUUCAGUAACAAUGUGCAGUGACAGUGGUGUGCAACACAGGAAAUCAGCCUAUGACCUGUAGUCUGUAAUGUAUACAUAGAUAAUAUAAACAUUAAAAAUGUUUUUGUUUUUUUUUAGUUUUCCACUGUU